AUGAGAGUGACACGCACCAACUCCAAGUCCUCGCCGGGAAGGCUUCAUCCCCGCUCCUCGGAAUGCGUGGCCCGGGUGGCGCUCGGCCUCUCCGCAGCGGGUCUCGAACCGGCCGCCCUCAACUCCCUCUUCCUCCGGCUUCGGCAGCCCGGAUCCGGGGGGCGGCCGGCCGGACCCGGCCCCGCGAGCUGCCAAGCAGGGCGCAGCCAUGGGAAGAGGAGGCGGUCUAGGGAGCGGCGGCCGCGGCGGCGGCCGCGGAGGCUGCUGCAGCUGCGGUGGCGGCGGCGGCGGCUGCUGCUGCUGAGCCCGGGAGGCGGCGGGGACCCCGGGCUGGGGCCACGCAGGCCGAAGGCCGCCGCGCCAUCGGCCCCAGCGCGGACCCGAACCCGGGCUCUCUUUCCGGAGGCGAGACUUGGAGGUCCUACAGGUAUGGAUCUCUGGCGUCUGCUGAUGACCUUGGUACUGGCAGUCUCAAGUGAUGCUUUUUCUGGAAGUGAGGCCGCACCAGCUAGCCUUGCCAGAGCGUCCCAGAGUCUGCAAAGAGUUAAUUCAGGCCUAUGGACAAAUUCUUCUGGGAAGCCUAAAUUCACCAAGUGCCGUUCACCUGAACUAGAGACUUUUUCAUGCCACUGGAUAGAUGGGGUUCACCGUGGUUUAAAGAGCCCAGGAUCCAUACAGCUGUUCUAUAUUAGAAGGAGUACUCAAGAAUGGACUCAAGAAUGGAAAGAAUGCCCAGAUUACAUCUCUGCCGGAGAAAACAGCUGUUACUUUAAUUCAUCGUAUACCUCCAUUUGGACACCCUACUGUAUCAAGCUAACUGAAAAUGGUGGUAUGGUGGAUCAAAAGUGUUUCUCUGUUGAGGAAAUAGUGCAACCAGAUCCACCCACUGGCCUCAACUGGACUUUACUGAACAUCAGUUUAACCGGGAUUUAUGCAGAUAUCCAAGUGAGAUGGGAACCACCACCCAAUGCAGAUGUUCAGAAGGGAUGGAUAGUUCUGGAGUAUGAACUUCAGUACAAAGAAGUAAAUGAAACUCAAUGGAAAAUGAUGGCCCCUUUAUUGUCAACGUCAGUUCCAGUGUACUCAUUGAAACUGGAUAAAGAAUAUGAAGUGCGUUUGAGAUCCAGACAACGAAACUCUGAAAAAUAUGGCGAGUUCAGUGAGGUGCUCUAUGUAACACUUCCUCAAAUGAUCCCAUUUGCAUGUGAAGAAGAUUCCCAGUUUCCAUGGUUCUUAAUUAUCAUCUUUGGAAUAUUUGGGCUCACAGUGAUGCUAUUUGUAUUCAUAUUUUCUAAACAGCAGAGGAUUAAGAUGCUGAUUCUGCCCCCAGUUCCAGUUCCAAAGAUUAAAGGAAUUGAUCCAGAUCUCCUCAAGGAAGGAAAAUUAGAGGAAGUGAACACAAUCUUAGCCAUUCAUGAUAACUAUAAACCUGAAUUCUACAACGAUGACUCUUGGGUUGAAUUUAUUGAGCUAGAUAUUGAUGACCCUGAUGAAAAGCCUGAAGGAUCAGAUACAGACAGACUUCUAAGCAAUGACCAUCAGAAAUCACUUAAUAUCCUUGGGGCAAAGGAUGAUGACUCUGGUCGUACCAGCUGUUAUGAACCUGACAUUCUGGAGACUGAUUUCAAUGUCAGUGACAUAUGUGAUGGUACCGCAGAGGUUGCUCGGCCACAGGGGUUAAAAGGGGAAGCAGAUCUCUUGUGCCUUGACCAGAAGAAUAAAAAUAACUCACGUUCUCAUGAUGCUUCCCCUGCUGCUCAUCAGCCUAGUGUUAUCCUAGCAAUGGAAAGCAAACCACAACCAUUUCUCAUUGAUGGAACUGAGUCAACUCAUCACACUGCCCAUGCCCAGCCAAGCAAUCCAAGUUCACUGGCAAACACGGACUUUUAUGCCCAAGUAAGUGACAUCACGCCAGCAGGGAGUGUGGUCCUUUCCCCGGGCCAAAAGAAUAAGGCAGGGAUAUCCCAGUGCAACAUGCAUCCAGAAGUGGUCUCACUCUGCCAAGCAAAAUUCAUCAUGGACAACGCCUACUUCUGCGAGACAGAUGCCAAAAAGUGCAUCACUGUGGCCCCUCACAUUGAAGUUGAAUCACAUGUAGAGCCAAGCUUUAAGCAGGAGGACAUUUACAUCACCACGGAAAGCCUUACCACUACUGCUGGGAGGGCUGGGACAGCAGAGCACGUUCUGAGUUCUGAGAUGCCUGUCCCAGACUACACCUCUAUUCAUAUAGUACAAUCUCCACAGGGCCUGGUACUCAACGCAACUGCCUUACCCUUGCCUUUGCCUGACAAAGAGUUUCUGUCAUCGUGUGGCUAUGUGAGCACAGACCACCUGAACAAAAUCAUGCCGUAGCCUUUCUUUGAUUUCCCAAGAGCUACAUAUUUAAUGGCAAAGAAUUGGCUGGGGCAUGAAUGCUUAAACCAAAACAAUGUUUAAACCUUUUGGGGGUGGGAGUGGGGGUUGGAGGGUGGGGUGUGGAUUCUAAAUGCCUUUUCCUGAAAUGCUGAAAUAUGAUAUUAAGAAGAAAAAAUAAGAAGAAUGUUUAAUCAGAUAGAGAUUCCUGUUGUGAAUUGUAAAUAUUUUUAAAGAAUUGUCUCAAAGACUAUUUAGUGGCAGUGAUUGUCUUGUUAUUGUGGGUGUUAAUUUUGUGAUAGUAAGCAUUGAAUGGCUAUGUUUUUAAUGUAUAGUAAAUCAUGCUUUUUGAAAAAGCAAGAAAUCAGGUGGAUUUGCAGUUCAGGAAAAUUGAAUGCAAAUCAUAGCACAGACUAAUUUUUUUUUCUUUUUUAAAUAAUUGGGAACUAAAACUAUAGGUAAGAAGGCAAAAAUACUUUGGAUAUAUAAAACAUUUAUUUUGACAUAAAAUUGAUAAAGAUAUUUUUAAUAAUGUAGACUUCAAGCAUGGCUAUUUUAUAUUACACUACACACUGUGUACUGUAGUUCAUGAUGACCCAUAUGAGGAAUGCAGCAACUACAGUCUAAAGCUGGUUUAAUGCUUUGGUCAAUGUACCUAAAGAAAAACAAAAAAGUUAGUUUUUUACAGUCCCUUUUUAUACCUCUCCAAACUCCUUAAACAAUUCUAAAAUGAUUAUAGUAAACUACAUUAUUGGAACUUACUCAUUUUACCCGAAAUUUUAAACAGAUAUUUGUUAAUUUAGAAAACUUUAAAAUGUUUGCACAGAUCAGCUUAGCAUGAGCAAAAAAAAAAAAAAAAAAACCCUUUCUUUACCAAAUUUUGGUUCAUGCCAGAUAGCUACAUGCUAAGAGAUGUGGAAAUAACAGCUGGUUCAUAUUGACCAGCAUGCUAAAGUGCUGCAGUUGCAGAAGGAGUGAGUUCUUUAGUGCACUCAGAUCAUGAGAGAUAAGCUAUAUAACCUCUGCAGCAGUAUCUCUUCAAACACAUCUUGGUUUUAGUUACCGAAGAGAGGAAUAAGGUACAAGAAGUAUUUUGUAAAUUAAAGCAGAUUGAAUGAAAUUAACCAAAUAAAAAGAACAAAAAGUUCAAGAAAUAUUUUCUUUCACAGCUAAAAGCCAGACACCGACUCAUUAUUUAUGGUAACAGAGACAAAAGAAAUAAGGUUUCAAUCCCCACAGGUACUCAAAAUUACUUAAGCCAAUAGCAGAAACUUUCUUUCCCACUAAACCUUUUAUAGAAUUUAUUUAAAAUUUUAAAGGAAGUUUCAUCAUUUUUUAUUUCCCCUCUGAGUAAAUUGGCCUCAAAGUAGGUAGUAGAUAGUAGGUAGUCAGAAGAAAAAGAAGAGACCUGAGUAAUUUAUAAAUUAGUUUUCAAUCCCUUAAUAACCUAAGUGUUAUUCUUAGGAGCUUUGGGAUAGCUCCCUAAAAAGUUUAUGAAAGAGAAAAAUCUCAUCUCACUGAAGAAUACUUCUCAUUUUAAGUAUUUUAAGCUUAAAACUUUAAAGUUAGCUUUAACUUAAAUAGUAUUUGCCAUUUAGCUCGGACCUUUGUAGGAAGCAAGCUUAAUGGUUGGUAAUGUUAAAUUCUCUCUUUCUUGCAGGAAGGACAAUGAAAACCUAGAAUUGGGUGUUUCAAGUACAACUUGUUACUUUGUAAUAGAUGUUUAAUAGAUUUUCUGCUACUUUGCUGCUAUGGUUUUCUCCAAGAGCUACAUAAUUUAGUUUCAUAUAAAAUAUCAUCAAUGUAGAACCUAAUUCAACUUAAAACUGUGUGUUUGGAAGAUCUUACUAUUUCACAAUAGGCUGACAACAUUUCUAUAGCCAAAAAAAUAGCUAAAUACCUCAAAUCAGUCUCAGAAUGUCAUUUUGGUACUUUGCUGGCCACACAAGCCAUUAUUCACUAGUAUGACUGGUUGUGUCCUGGAGUUUAUAUUUAACUUUCUUUAUGUCUGUGGAUUUUUCCUUCAAAGUUUAAUAAAUUUAUUUUCUUGGA